AUUUUAGGGUUUUAGAGAGAAGCAAUGGCGGAGGUGGAAGUGGAUCGGCCGCGGAUGCUGGCGCUGUCGGAAUAUCGCAGGAAGAAGAUGCAAUCGCGCGAGUACCAGGCCAGAAUACGAACUAUCCGCGAUAACCUGAGGGCAUCGAAGAAGGAGUUUGAGAAGACCGAGGACGAUCUCAAGGCGUUGCAGAGCGUCGGGCAGAUUAUAGGCGAAGUGCUGAGGCAGCUCGACAAUGAACGCUUGAUUGUCAAGGCAAGCAGCGGGCCGCGCUAUGUUGUUGGGUGUAGAAACAAAGUCGACAAGGAGAAGCUCGUUGCAGGAACUAGGGUAGCGCUCGACAUGACUACUCUCACGAUCAUGCGAGCUUUGCCGAGAGAGGUGGAUCCCGUUGUGCACAAUAUGCUCCAUGAAGAUCCAGGCAACAUCAGCUACUCGGCUGUCGGGGGCCUCAGCGAUCAGAUCCGGGAGCUGCGAGAAUCCAUAGAGCUUCCGCUUAUGAAUCCGGAGCUCUUUCUCCGUGUUGGUAUCAAGCCGCCGAAGGGAGUGCUGCUAUACGGGCCUCCAGGGACAGGAAAGACCCUACUGGCGAGAGCUAUUGCAAGUAACAUCGAUGCUAACUUUUUGAAAGUGGUGUCGAGUGCUAUCGUCGACAAGUACAUUGGUGAGAGUGCUCGGCUAAUCCGUGAAAUGUUCGGCUAUGCUCGUGAUCACCAACCGUGCAUCAUUUUCAUGGAUGAAAUCGACGCUAUAGGCGGACGGAGGUUCAGUGAAGGUACCAGUGCUGACAGAGAAAUCCAAAGAACACUUAUGGAACUCUUAAAUCAGCUAGAUGGGUUUGAUCAGCUUGGAAAGGUGAAAAUGAUCAUGGCAACCAACAGACCCGAUGUCUUGGAUCCAGCGCUCCUGAGACCUGGUCGUUUGGACCGAAAGAUCGAGAUUCCGUUGCCCAACGAACAAGGGAGGAUCGAAGUGUUGAAGAUUCACUCCGCUGGUAUCCUGAAGCACGGUGAAAUUGACUAUGAGGCCAUUGUGAAGCUCGCCGAGGUACUAGAGCCUGUCCUUCGUUUUCUAUGCUCAUGUCUCUCAUGUUACCAGGGAUUCAACGGGGCUGAUUUGAGGAACGUCUGCACAGAAGCUGGGAUGUUUGCCAUCAGAGCGGACCGUGACUACGUGAUCCAAGAAGACUUUAUGAAGGCCGUGAGGAAGCUAAACGACGCCAAGAAGCUGGAAUCAAGCGCUCACUAUAGCGCAGACUUUGGCAAGGACUAAGGACAUUUUUUUCUUCCUUUAUGCUAGCUUUUUCUUACAAAGUU